AUGCCUAAACUAAACAGAAGAACAACCCAAUCACACAGCCCAUCAGCUCGUCGAUGGCAAAAUGCAACAAUUCCUUGCCCAGCUGAUUUUCCAAAUGAUGAUUAUCAUGUGGAUGCUGACAAUUUAAAAGUAAAUUUUAUGGAGAAACUGAUACUUCCCAACAUCGCAGAUCUGGCUGAAAUGUGUCGUUUAAAAUACAACACAAAAUAUCUCAUCGUCUUACUCUACAUGUCAUUACGAUAUUUUAAAAUUAACUGGGAUGAUAUUGAUGACUAUCUUAAAAGUAUUGGUUUUAUAACAGCGAGAACUUCACACAAAUGGGCUGACAUAUUUUUGGAUGGUGAUCAUAAAGAAUUUACACAUGAUUCACGUGACGGUAAACAUUCCGAUUCAUUUUAUGACAUUUAUCCAGAAAUCGAGGUAGAUGGCAAAGCAUUUGUUGCAGAACAAUGUUCACAAAAAUCAGGUGAACUUAAAGCGAUGGAUCUGUUCCGAUUUAUUAACGAAAAAUAUUGUGAAUUAAAUGGUAUUGACGAACAAGUUAAUGGUGGUUACAUAAGAUCCGAAAGAAGUUGCCAAUUAGAUCUUCGUAGAUGGGGAGCGAAGUUUGAAGCAAAUGCACAACGCCCGUACUUUGAAGGACAUGAAACAGACGAUGUUGUAAAACAUCGUAAUGAUUUUAUAAAUUAUUUGUUGGAGCACAAGGAUUUUUAUCAUACCAUUACUGAUGGCGAAGCACCUGCAUGGAAUCUUCCAGUUAAAAGUCCUCAANGCCGUGAGUGGUCGACCGGAGAGAGGCCGACAAACGACUAG